UACACCGCAGAUGGAUUUUUGGAAUAUACGGUGACUCGUUGUGACUUUAACGGCACUGAAUCAAAGGACAUCGAGUACAUCCGCUCUUAUUAUUUCAACAAGGAGGAGUUCACCAGGUUCAGCAGCAGUGUGGGGAAGUUUGUCGGAUACACUGAGUACGGCGUGAAGAACGCUGAGUUCUGGAACAACAAUCCUUCAAUUCUGGCUCAGGAGAGAACAGCGAAGGAGAGGUACUGCCUGAACAACGUCGGGCUAAACUACCAGACUGUUCUGGCUAAACCAG